AUGGCAGCGGUGAUGGCGGCGCCCGUGGCCGCGCUCCGGGCCUGGUCGGAGGCGGCGGCGCGGGCGGAGGCGGCGGCGCAGGCGGCUCUGGCAGCCACGGCCCCGCUGCUGGGCUCGCUAGCCGCGCUGGCGGCGCAGAUGCGGGCGGCGCGGCGGCUGCCGUGGGACGCGACGGCGCUGGGCGCCUUCCCGGAGCUGCGGGCGCGGCUGUGGCAGAAGCAGCGCGGUGCGGCUGAGGCGCUGCUUGAGCAGCUCGGCCAGCGGCGGGAGGAGCUGCGGGACGUGCGGGACGCCGUGGGGGCCGCCGGCAGCGCCGUGCUGCGGCUCGUGGAGGAGCGGGGCCCGGCCGAGCUGGGGCUGGCCGCGGUUCUGAGGCGAGGGCCGCGCUGCCCCUCGCUGGCCGAUGUGCUGGAGGGGCUGCAGGAUGUGGAACGCUACUACCGGCACCUGUACUUGGAGAGCAAACUGCUCCUGCAGCGCCUCAGCUUGGACAGCCUGGCAGACGUGGAAGCCCUGCCGCAGUCCUGGGAGAGGAUUUUGGAGCGUUACAAAGAAGAUGAUGUUGUUCAAGAUACACUCCUGAAGGUCUCACUGUUUGUGGAGAACCAUCAUGAGGUGAGCUGCUCACCUGGCUCCUGACAGGGCAGCAGGGACUGGCACUGCCCAGCUUCUGGCACGUUCUGUGAUGCUGCAGAGGGGAUGAGGAGCUGAGGGAGCUCUCCUGGUGCUUUUUGGAAGCUGAAUGAGUUGAGUCUUGGCCUCAGCAUGAAAUGCUUGAACUGUACCAUUUUCAAGUGGAAAUGGCCUUGGUCUCUGAAGAAGAGGCUGAGCCAAAAAAGCCAUGAAGAUAGAAGGGAGUCACCUCCAGCUGUGGAACUUGUCCUUUCCUCCUUCUGCCGUGCCUGUUUCGUGUCAUGGUAAAAAUGUUGAUACUUACCUGAGGUGCUGCAGAUUUGUGAGUGUAAUAGAGUCCUUCAGGCUGGUGCCAUGAAAGAUAUUUGUCCUUACAAAUAAAGAAAACAUGUCAGAUUAGGGUCUAGAAA